UCAGUGUGGACUUAGGCCACAUAAAAUGGAGGUCCAUUUGUCUAGUUUGCCAAUGAUGGAAAUCUUCUCCUAUCUGGAUGCCUACAGUUUGCUUCAGGUUGCCCAAGUGAACAAGAACUGGAAUGCACUUGCAAGCAAUGGUUUCCUGUGGAGGAAGUUGUGUCAGGAAAGAUGGCUCUUCUGUGACAUGGUUACCCUACAGCUCCUGGGCACAGAGACAUGGAAGCAGUUCUUUGUUUACCGAACAUGGCAAGAACAGGCCAAGUCCCGGGCAAAGCCAAAAGAUUUCACUUACAAGGAAAUUCCUUUGGAGUGUGGUGUUCGGGGAUAUGCAUGUUACAUCUCAGGCUGUGCCUUAACAAGAAACGGACAAGGCAAGUCUGUUGUCUGUAUGGUGAGUUCCAAGAACAAGAUUUCUACCUGGGAUAUUAACGAGAGCGUUAUAACCUGGGUAAGCCCAGUACAGCCAGCAAGUAUCAAGCUGUUGACUACCCUCCCUGAUAUGCACAUUGCGGUCACUGUAGAUAUACAAUCAACUAUCAAACUGUGGGACUGUCACAAUAGGGAAGCUCUGGCGACUAAUAACCUGGAAUCUCCAUGCAAAUCACUGAAAACUGUCAUUUCUAAGGAUGGUCCAAUUGUCUUGGCAGGCGAUACCUUGGGUAACCUCUACAUCUUUAGGAUUCCAGAUUUACACCUCAUUUCCACAGUCAGUGUAUUCCCUUGUGGUUUUGAUGAAAUUGAUUGCUCUCCUCAGAAGAAAUGGGUCUUACUGAGUCAGAACCACCCAUAUAUUUAUCCAAAGGUGUUUUACAUGAACAGCUUACUGAGGACAUCAGAAUUCUCUGACCCAGUGUCUACCAUUCUUGAAUUUUCCUCAUGCAAAAGAGCCUUCUGGACCCCAAGAAGGGAAGACAGAAUAACACUGAUGUCCAGAAGAGGUCGCCCCAUAGUCACAAGGUUUGAAACAUAUGAUAUGAAGCUGGAAGAGAUCGGGAACAAAAUAAUUGUUAAAGGACAUUUGGUAGCAAGUUUCUCUUUGCAAGACUACAAUGAGAACCCAAAAUGGAUGGGAGUCAAUGAUAAGAGCAUGAUAGUUUGUUCAACUAGAUCCUCUCUCUUGCUCUUCAGCAUGAAGGGUCUCCAUCUACAGACAUUUCAGUACAGCUCAGAAACGAUCGUGAGACUAUUAGUGGACCCCGUUCAUGUCAUCGUCACCUGUAAUGAUGGCUCUUUAGAUGUGUACAUGUGGGAGGAGAGAAGCCUGUUGCUCAGGAGGUGUUAUGGACUGCAAAACGGGAGACAUCUGCCAUCGUUUGGCUUCAUUAAAAAUUUGCUAUGUGAUGAUGUGAGCAUAGUUCAGUUGAUGAUAGAUCGUCAAGGCCCCUGCUUUCUGAUGGCAUAUACCUUGAACAUCUGCUCUUGAAAACUGAGUGGGUUGUGUGUCCUCUUUCUCAAUGAUAAUAAAGGUCUAUUUGCAAGCA